AUGAACCUCUUCAAACCAACCGGGGAUGCAGACCGAACUGUCUUCGAUGGACAGAAAAGCGUUCACGAGCCAGGCGAUAGUGGCGUUGCGACGCCAAUCAACGAGUCCGAGUCUCCCAGUGAGAAACCGAUCAACGAUGCCUCCAACUUCCCCGAUGGAGGUACCAAGGCGUGGUUGAAUGUUGUCGGGGGAUGGUGUAUCUUCUUCUCCAUGUUCGGAUGGGCGAAUGCGUUUGGUGUGUUUCAGAGUUACUAUCAGGACCAUCAACUCAAAGAUUAUUCGGCUUUUCAGAUCUCUUGGAUUUCCUCUAUCCAGACGUUUAUUCUGUUUGGAGGAGGUAUUGUGGCAGGCAAACUGUAUGACAACUAUGGGCCCAAGGUGCUUGUCUACACAGGAGUAUUCCUCCAUCUCUUUGGAAUGAUGAUGUGCAGCAUCUCUACCGAGUACUACCAGUUUAUUCUGUCCCAGGGCGUGUGCACCUCAGUCGGUGACGCGGCGCUAUUUACCGCAUCACUCAGCACAGCUAGCACCUGGUUUCAUAAGAAACGCGCCUUUGCGUUUGGCGUCCUGCUUACCGGCACGAGUAUCGGCGGCGUCGUCAUGCCCAUUUGCCUCGAGCAUUUGCUGAAUUCGCUGGGGUUCGGCUGGGCCAUUCGUGUCUGCACCUUCAUCAACCUCGUUCUGCUGGUCAUUGCUCUACCGACUGUGACCUCGCGUCUGCCCCCAGCCCCGAAACCCGUUUCGGUCAUGGACAACAUCCGCCCAUUGAAAGAAAUGCCCUUCCUAAUGCUCAGUGGCGGCUGCGCGCUCUUCUACCUGGGAAUGUACCUGCCCUUUAACUACAUCAUCGUCCAAGCCGAAUAUGAAGGCAUGUCCGCCGGGCUCGCCGGGUACCUUAUCCCGAUCCUCAACGGCGCCAGUCUCUUCGGCCGCAUCAUCCCCGGCAUAACGGCAGACCUCAUAGGCAGAUUGAACACGAUGAUAGCCAUGUGUGCCUUUGCCGGUAUCGUCGUGUUAGCGCUGUGGCUACCCGGUACCUCCAACGCGCCCAUCAUCGUCUUUUCGGCGCUAUACGGAUUCGCCUCGGGGGCGUUCAUCUCGCUGAUCCCGCCGCUGACAGCGCAGAUCAGUGAUAUUCGGGAAAUUGGGGUGCGAUCGGGCACACUGUGGUUGAUCGUUGCGAUUGCGGCGCUGGUGGCCAGUCCGAUUGGUGGCGCUAUCGAGGCGCGGAAUGGAGGUGCGUUUGUGGGACUGCAGGUCUUUGCUGGGGUGGCUAUGCUGAUUGGUACGGGGCUUUUUGUCGUUUGCCGGUGGUGUCUUUCGGGAUGGAGUCUCUUUGUGAAAGUGUAG